CUACGAUAACAUACUACUCGAUGGAGUCGUCGUCUAUACCCUCUCAGUUCAAUGUUCAAAGCCCUAUGACUACAGGAACUGGAAGAAACCCAGGAUGGGUACUUCCCAGAUAUGUGCAUAUACGUAAUUGUCCCUCGAAAAAUAGAUAUUUACCAACACGAUUGUGUUUGGCCACUGCAAAUGGUGGUUUUAGGCAGGAGUCUCAGGGGGUUGGCGACAGAGAUGGUGUUAUUAUCGUUGACCAUGGGUCGCGUCGAAAGGAGUCCAAUCUUAUGCUAAAUGAGUUUGUGGCAAUGUUUAGAGACAAGACCGGAUACCUGAUUGUGGAGCCUGCUCAUAUGGAGCUGGCAGAACCAUCGAUAAGAGAUGCAUUUAGUUCAUGUGUUCAACGAGGGGCUAAUCGCGUAAUUGUAAGCCCAUUUUUCCUGUUCCCUGGACGACAUUGGCACCAGGACAUUCCUUCUUUAACUGCUGAAGCUGCAAAGGAGCACCCAGGGGUGUCAUAUAUUAUAACUGCACCUCUUGGCCUGCAUGAUUUACUUGUGGAUGUUGUGAUUGACAGAAUCAACAAUUGUUUGAGCCAUAUUGCUGGAAAUGUGGAUGAGUGUUCGGUUUGUGCUGGAACAGGCAAAUGCCGGCAAUAUGAUUAAUCUAAAUGACAAUGAGAACUCUACGGGAUCUUGUAAACAGUGACUGUUUAAGAUCGAAGGCUGCACGGGCUAUGUUGUAAUUGUUUUAUUGUAAUACUAUCAUCCACUAAUUUUCAGGCUAGAUUUUGAGAUGCUGCUACUCGGGGAAGGAAAACAAGUCAAUAUAUUCUUUUGAGGAUCACUUAUGGGAAUGCUUCUAGCAACGGAUUCUGGGAUCCCAGCUGCGAUUAGUGAAGCCUUGCACUAAGGUGGCUAGAAGUGGAUGAUGAAUGAUUAUCUGAAGACAUUGAUCCUCCAGAGUGUGGAAAAAAAACUAGGUGGUGCUUGGAGCUUCACGUGUAUCCUUCUUUUUCCUUUUAUUUUUUCAUUUCAGCAUAAUUUGUAAAUUUUUUAUCACUCGAAUGGCAACGAGAGGAAAUAAUUUGUUCUUAUUUGAAAAUAAUAUUUGUAUUUUCUUAUCAAGUACAUAACUUUUCUAGGAAAAAGUGGAAUACUUCAACAGUAUGGAUGCA